GCUUCUCCUGAAAGACAGUUAAACAAUAUCUCCCGAAGAGGUAGUGAUGAUAGAGAGAGAGAGAGCGCGAAUAAAUCAGGACAUAGCCGCUGGUUCUUUUCCAUUUCUUGCUGCAUCUCAUCUCAAUCGUCCGUCUCCUCUACGGCGGUGGCUCUCCUAGCGUCUCCGCCGCCCGAUUCCCCGAUCUCUGAUGGGCUUAGGUGCUUAAGUUGAGACGAAGAAAGUUAAAAGCAUAUAGCUUCAUGGGCAUGAUUGCCAACAUGGAUCGAUAUUUGGGAAGCCCCAGAACCAGAUCAGCCAUGUAUACUAGAUUUUAGAUUUUUGCAGAAUUAGCAGAUGGUGUCUUCGAUGUAGCAGUUUCACUGAGUCUUUGUUUUUUUGCUGCAACCAUUCCGAUGUGAUAACUGAAGAAGCAAUUCAAGUUUCAUAUUUAUUGAUGAUAGUGAUGCUCAACGUGGUAUUUUCCCCACGUUCACUGCUGGCAUUUGAGAUUGGCGUCUGCUUGAGAGAGAAGCUCUCUGCUACUGCCAUCUCUGUUGCAAGCUCUGAGAACUAUAGCUUCUCCUUUUCCUUCCAUGUGUCCUGAUUUAGACCACUCUGUACAUUCAGAUAUGGCAGUUGCAACUUUUAGAGGAGCCCUUGCUGGUGAGUAUUGCAGGAAUAAGAAAUUGGAAAGAAAACCUUCUGGAAGGAGGCGUGUAUUUGUUCAGACUGAAACUGGCUUUGUUUUGGGUAUAGAAUUAGACAGGAGUGACAAUGCCCAUACUGUGAAGAGAAAAUUACAGCUUGCCCUAAAUGUCCCAACUGAAGAAAGUUCUUUGAUUUUUGGAGAUACGGUGUUAAAAAAUGAUCUCAGUACAGUUAGGAAUGAUUCUCCACUUCUUCUCACCAAGAAUUUUAUGCAUAGAAGCUCUUCUACUCCAUGUCUUUCACCUACAGGGAAGGAUCUUCAGCAGAGCGACCAGAGUGGUCCAAUUGAGAUAUUAGGAUUUUCAGAUCAUUUUGCUGCAGUAAAAGAACUAGUAAAGGAAAUUGUAAAGGCAAUGAGAACUGGAGUUGAUCCAAGUCCUAUUCAUAGUGGACUUGGAGGGGCAUACUACUUCAAAAAUUGCCAUGGCGAAAAUGUUGCUAUUGUUAAGCCCACAGAUGAGGAACCAUAUGCCCCUAAUAAUCCAAAAGGUUUUGUUGGCAAUGCUCUGGGGCAGCCAGGUUUGAAACGUUCUGUCAGAGUUGGGGAAACAGGUUUCAGAGAAGUAGCGGCUUACCUUCUUGACUAUGAUCACUUUGCUAAUGUGCCCUCAACUGCCCUUGUGAAGGUCACACACUCAAUAUUCAAUGUUAAUGAUGGGGUGAAGGGAAAUAAGCAUCCACAAAGGAAGCAGGUUAGCAAGAUUGCAUCAUUGCAGCAGUUUAUACCUCAUGAUUUUGAUGCCAGUGAUCAUGGGACUUCAAGCUUUCCAGUUGCUGCUGUCCAUAGGAUAGGGAUAUUAGAUAUACGGAUAUUGAACACGGACAGACAUGCUGGGAACCUCCUGGUCAGGAAGCUUGAUGGAAUUGGGAGGUUUGGUCAGGUGGAGCUUGUUCCAAUUGAUCAUGGCCUUUGCCUUCCAGAAAGCUUGGAGGAUCCAUAUUUUGAGUGGAUCUACUGGCCACAAGCGUCAAUUCCUUUUUCUGAAGAUGAGCUUGAGUAUAUUCAUUGCCUUGACCCCUUUCAAGAUUCUGAUAUGCUCCGAAGAGAGCUGCCCAUGAUUCGAGAUGCGUGCCUCAGGGUGUUGGUUAUUUGCACAGUUUUCCUUAAGGAAGCAGCAUCAUUUGGUCUCUGUCUUGCUGAGAUUGGUGAGAUGAUGAGUAGGGAGUUUCGAGGACACGAGGAGGAGCCUAGUGAACUUGAGCUUAUAUGCAUUCAGGCAAGGAGUCUGUUAAUAGAGACAGAAAAUCUUUCUUAUGAUGUGAAAACUGGAGAUGCUGAGGAAUUUCAGUUUGACAUUGACUGUGAUGAGGAGUUAAAUGUGAAUUUAAAUGUGGGAGACAAAUUGGAAAUGAAACCUCUUUGUUCCAGGUCAAGAGGUGGAAAUAGACAGCCACCUCUUUUCAAGCUGGUGGAGAGUAUGGAGGAGGAAGAGGAGGAAGUUGAAGAAAGGGAAGGAAAUGCAUUAAAUUUAAGCGUAGAAGAACAUGCUGACCCCACACAGGACCGGGCUCCAACUGUUUCAAAGAUGUCAACAUUGUUGAGAAGUAUUAGCAUUGGUGAGACAAGUUGGCGGCAUGAGGGUAUGAUGCAGAAAAGUGGGUAUUUGGCUGGAACAUCUUCUGGAAAUAGGAGUGUGAAUGAGCAGCUUCCUGCUAGCACUACUUUUGUGAAUCUGGCUGAUCUGACUGAACGGGAGUGGAUGCAGUACCUUGAUCAUUUCCAGAAGUUGCUCUCCUCAGCAUUUGCUGAUCAUAAAUCAGGGAAUGUUGGCCCAAGGCACAGACAGAGGCUUGGAACAUCUUGCCAGUUUUGAGCUGUUUAUCAAUAUAUCUUGUAAAUGUUGAAAUGGAAAUUAAAAAAAUGUUGGAACCAGAGAUUUGUAGGCAAUUGAUUUUGGUUUACAGGUCGUUCCUAAGGGGGACGGACUUGAUUUAUACGAUAUCAGAACUUUUGGAUGGUAAAACAUGGUCAUCAGUGGCUGAAUGUGAGGGCUAAGUUUUAAUUCAUCUAUAUGUAAUCUCUCUCUUUUGUUUUCUUUUUUGGUUGAAUUGCUCUAUCGUUAAUAUUGAGAGCGUUGAACAUAACAUAUAGGGAAGAAUAAGACAUGUAUAGUCAUGGUCGUCUUGUAGGAGGUGCAAGUGAUACACAAGUUUCAACUUAUUCUUAGGUUCUUGCUACGUGCUUCCUAUUAAAGUAGAGAUGAGAAUGUAAUGGCUGUAUGCCUCUUUAGUAUUCAGGUUCUAAUGUGCGUUAGUAUUGUGAUUACCUUUGUAGAUAGACUUGUAUUAAUAUCAAUAAAAACAAUAAUGUGAACAUUUUGAUGGCUCUA